AGACCACAAAUGCUUACUUAAGCCGGCUUGCCACUCGGUUCACCUAAAUAUUCUGUCCUCGUCUCACUGUGAGACGCUUGACUCUUACUCGUCACUUUUAGCGCACACUCACCAUGGCGCCACGCAAAUCGAGGUCUGUCAAGUCCUCGGCUCCCUCACCAUCUCCAGCCGUCUCGUCUCGAGCAUCGUCUCGCUCACGGUCGAAGUCCAAGCGUCAGUCGACAGACGAUACGGAUGUGAUACCAGAGGAGGAGGACGUGAACCUGGAACACAGUGGCGAAGAAGAAGAGGCUGAUGAGGAAGACAAUGAAGAGGCGAAAGGCGGAGCUAGCGACACCAUCGUGGAGGAGGACGGAGAAGAACACGAGCAGGGGGCAGAGGAACCUGCUGUUGGGGAUGGCGUAGGUGAAGUUGAUGAACGGCAGGAGGACAGCGACGUCAAGGGCAAAGGCAAAAUGUCCAUGCAAGAUCGGAUGGCCAAACUGAAGGAUUUGAGGAUGCGCAUGAACAAAUCUUCUGCCGAUAACCGCAAAGAUCUUAUUGCGGAUCAUCAGAAAUCUAAAGUGACAGCUAAAGAGCUCCAACGUUUGGAAAAGCAACGCAAGUUGGCUCAGACCUUGCGUUUGAAAGCGGAAGCGGAGGAGAACGGUGAAGAUCUCGAGAGGAAAAAAGCCUGGGAAUGGAGUAUCGAGCAGAAUGAACGUUGGGAAGCAAAGAUGGAAGAAUCAAAACGGAGAUCUGAUACACUUUUCCACAAUGCCGACGAUGAUGCUCAUAAGCGAUACGACAAGAAUAUCCGGACGACCAAGAUUGAUUUGGUGGCUUAUGAACGUCAAAAGGAGGCUGCACUCGGCUUGGCCCCCGGUACCCUGGUACCGGCCGGAGCGACUGCUUCCUCCCUCAAAGCUUCGUCAUCAUCUUCGCGUGGCCUUACAGCAGCCGAAGAUUUGUACAGAGGUGCCGAUACGCUCGCUUAUGGAGACAGCAAGCCGUCAGAGGAUGCCAUUGAUCGUGUCGUGGGCAAGAUCAAUUCAGACAUGUCCAAGGUCAAGAGGAAGAAGAAGGAUGACGUCGACGAGGAAAUCACUUAUAUCAACGAACGCAACAAGGUGUUCAACAAAAAGAUUUCUCGAUACUUUGACAAGUAUACGAAAGAGAUCCGCUCAAACCUCGAAAGGGGUACUGCCUUGUAGAUUCGCUGUACGAUCCACCAGCAUCCGAUCCGUAUGCUCCUCAUGAAUUGUAUCAAUGU